UUUUACCAAAACCGCAUCCUCUUAUUUAUUAAAAAAGAAAAAGAAUCUUAACUUAUUACCAAGAAGAUAUCAUUAAUAUCCUACCACCAAUAUCAACAUGUACAGGAAAGCAAAGGAAGAGGAGUGUUGCUACAGUUACAAGAAGCAGCAGCAACAAGCAGCCAUUGCAAGCAUCUUCUCAUACAAACACUUGAAAAAAGUGUACCCUUCUGCUGGGCUGUACAGAAGCUCUUCUUCAUCUUUGUCUUCAAUUUCAUCCAAUUCAUCAUCUUCACCCUCUCUGUCUCUUUCACAAAAUUCCAACGAUGACUCUUCUCUAACGGACCAUUCAUCUUCAUCCCCACUCGACCACAAGGUUUCCUUAGCCCUCCGCCUCAUUGCCCCACCGCGACAGAGGAAGAGGGAACAUUCACCGACGACGGCGGUGGGUGGACAUGAUCACGAUCAUGGUGAUCGAGAUGGUGGUGGGGAGCCGAGGAGGUGCAAUUGGAUUACAAAGAAUAGCGACAGAGCUUAUGUUGCAUUUCAUGACGAGUGUUGGGGAGUUCCAGUUUACGAAGACAACCAAUUGUUUGAGCUUCUCUCCUUGUGUGGUAUGUUGAUGGACUACAACUGGACAGAAAUUCUCAAGAGAAAGGAGCUCAUCAGGAAAGCAUUUGGUGGGUUUGAUCCAAAUGUGGUGGCCAAAAUGGACGAAAAAGAAAUCACAGACAUCAUCUCCGACAAGACCUUAUCCUUAGUUGAAUGCAGAAUAGUGAGGGAAUUCGGGUCAUUGAGCGGGUACAUGUGGGGGUACAUGAACCACAAGCCGACGGUGAGCCGACUGAAGCACCCGAGAAACGUGCCGCUGAGGUCACCAAAGGCAGAGUCAAUGAGCCGGGACCUGUUGAAACGCGGGUUCAGAUUUGUUGGGCCGGUCAUCGUCUACUCUUUCAUGCAAGCCGCCGGCUUGACCAUCGACCACCUCGUCGACUGCUUUAGGUACGAGGAAUGCGUCGCCCUUGCCGAACGCCCCUGGAGGCAUAUGUGAUUCAGUGAUCUUCUUUUGUUUCUUCUAAAAUUCAUAUCCAGUAAGAGUUUUAUUCAAAUAUAUUUGCAUCACUGUGAAAAUGAUUAUGUAUGUAUAAUAAUCUAUGAGAGUGUUUCUACAUAGCUUAGUAUGAUGGGAGUCAACAAAACUUUUUUCACUUUUGGUCGGAAAUGGAUGUAAUUCUAGCUCUGGUUUUGUACUUGGGGUUGGAUAGAAUUGGCGAGAUUGAUCAUAUGAUUAUGCAUGUAGCUCUUGAAACAUUGAGGUAUUUUUUCUACUUUUGAGAAUAAUAAUCUGGAUAAACUCUGUG